CCUCCUCCGUCCCAUCCCCUCGCACCCCGGCGGCGGCGGCACGGCGGGAGCUCGUUGCUUGCUGCUGAUGGAAGUGGGUGCCGGCGCUGAGGCGGAGCCGCUGUUGCCCCCGCGCAGCUGGCGAGCCGGCCGGGGGCUGCGGCGGGCCGGUGGCGGUGCCCGCUCCGCCGCGGAGGACGGUACUGGAGCUGAUCAUGACCUUUAUAUAAACCAAGCUGUAGUAUUUAUUGAAGAUGCAAUACAGUAUCGAUCUAUAAAUCACCGUGUGGACUCCAAAUCCCUGUGGCUUUAUCGAUGGUACUAUUCAAGAACUUGCCAGUGGAUUUUGAGUUUAACCAUUACUGUAAUCCUGGCAUUGGCUUUUAUUGAAAAGCCUUCUUCGCUUACUAUCACGUCAGAUGUACGAUACCGCCUUCCUGCGUGGAAUCCUCCGUGUGGCCUAACAGAAAGCAUUGAGCUGAUUUGCUUUCUGGUGUUCGUGGUUGAUGUAUCCGUGAAGAGUUACUUAAUUGGAUGGGAAGAAUUUUGGAAAAAUAAAUGGCUAAUGGCUUACAUACUGACAUUAAUUGUUUCUCUUGCUGAUUGGAUUGUAUCGCUAAGCUUUUUCUGCACAGAGGAUGUGAGGAUAAGAAGAAUUCUUCGUCCUUUCUUUCUCCUUCAGAAUUCUUCUAUGAUGAAAAAAACAUUAAAAAGCAUCAACAGCACAUUGCCUGAAAUGGCAAGUGUUGUUCUACUACUAGCUGUUCAUCUCUCUCUCUUUACCAUGUUUGCCAUGCUGCUGUUUGCUCGAACAAAGGAUGGCCAGCAGGAUAAGGAGUGGGUGGUGUAUUUCCGGAAUCUGCCAGAUUCACUGACGACAUUGCUGGUCCUACUAACUACUGCAAAUAAUCCUGAUGUAAUGAUUCCGGCAUAUUCUAAGAAUCGAGCAUAUUCCAUCUUCUUCAUACUCUUCACCGUAUUAGGCAACUUGUUUCUGAUGAACUUGCUUACAGCAAUAAUAUACAACCAGUUUCGAGGAUAUCUUCUGAAAUCGGUUCAGUCUUCCCUCUUCAGGAGGCGACUGGGAAUUCGGGCUGCGUUUGAAGUGCUGUCUUCCCUGAAAGAGACUCCUGGUAAUGCACAACAGUCGUGUGUCAGUGUUGGAGCCUUACUACAAGUGCUGCAGAAAGUUGAAAUGGAUUCUCGCUGCCAGCAAGCCAUCAUGAGAUCACUCAAAACAUGCUCCUGUGAUCAGCUGUCAGCUGCCCAGUUUCAGAAGCUCUUUGAAGAACUAGACAAAGAUGCUAUUAAGCAACAUCCUCCCGGUCCAGAGUACCAAUCCCAUUUUAUGCAGAAAAUGCAGUUUGCCUUUGGCCAUCCCUACUUUGGCUACUUGGGGAAUGUUGUCGCCCUUGCAAACAUUGUUUCUAUCUGUGUGGUUUUGGUGAUGGAUGCAGAUAAGCAGCCAUCUGAAAGAGAUGACUUCUUCCUGGGGGCUAUCAACUGCUUCUUCAUCCUGUACUAUCUGCUGGAAAUGAUGCUGAAAAUCUUAGCGAUGGGCUUGAAAAGAUACUUGUCAUACCCAAGCAAUAGAUUUGAUGGACUUCUGACUGUAAUUCUGCUGGUUUUGGAGAUUGCAACUUUUGCUGUGUAUGGAUUUCCUCAUCCUGGUUGGAGACCAGAGUUCAUGGGUUUAUUAUCCCUGUGGGAUAUGGUGCGAUUGGUGAACAUGUUAAUUGUGUUCAGGUUCCUGCGGAUUAUUCCUAAUAUGAAGUUCAUGGCUUUGGUCGUUACUACAUUGCUGGACCUGGUAAAAAACUUAAGAGCCUUUGCAGGAAUCCUUGUGGUGGUUUUCUAUGCAUUUGCUAUAACUGGCAUAAUGCUAUUUAAAGGUGCUGUUGUUCCCUUGGGAAAUAUGAGUGCUGUCAAUACAACAUAUAAUAAUGGCACUCUGCAGUGUGGGACCUACGAACAGCUGGAAUAUUGGCCAAACAAUUUUGAUGACUUUGCUGCAGCGGUGGUGACCCUCUGGGAUGUGAUGGUGGUGAACAACUGGCAAGUCUUUUUGGAAGCAUUUUCAAGAUAUUCAAGUCCGUGGGCUAAGAUCUAUUUUGUAGCUUGGUGGUUGAUCUCCUCUGUCAUCUGGGUUAACCUCUUCGUAGCUUUACUCCUAGAGAACUUUAUUCACAAGUGGGACCGUCGCUGUCAUAGAGAACCUCUUUCAGAUAUUGAAUACCAGAGGACAGUUGAACUAAUGUUCAGAGAUGUUUUGGAAGAGCCUACAGAGGAAGAGCUGAUGGAAAAACUGCACCAGCAUCCACACCUGCACUUAUGUAGGUGACUAGUGGGAAGGACUGUGGUGUACUUAGACCUCUGUUUUCUUGAGGCUGUCAGCUGGAAGAAUCUGAAAGGAUUUUGUGUGACGUGCUGUUAGGAGAGAGGCUUGUAGGGACAGUAUGUCAGGUUCUGCUUGGCAAUUCUCUGCAGAAAUAGGUUUUAAAUUUUUGGUUCAUAUCUUUGUUUUGAAAAAGAUUUGAAUCUGGCUAAUUUGACUUGAUUUUAAGUUGCAAUUUUAGAGGAAUAUUGCAGCUGUUAUUUUUAUAAACUGUUAAUAUUAGAAUGUUUUAUUUUCUUUUUUUACGAAGGGAAAAUGUGUUUAAAAUGACAAUGCACUUUAAAACAUGAACUUUGUAACCACUAAGCCUGCUACUUUUUUCAGCACAAGAAAAUGGAACUGCUUUUUCUGGUAGGUGAGUGGGGCAAGGGCUGUGCCCUGCAAUUCAUGAACGGAUUAGGCAGGACCACAACAAAAUCAUUAAUCUUUUUGUAGUGAGAGUUGAAACACUAUUUUUAUUGAAAAGUGACACCAGCAUAUCUUAACAAAUUUCCAGAAGUUAAUCAUGUCAGAACACAAUCGAUUUCAACUUAGAAAUAGGGACUGCCUACUUCACACAUCAUAUCUUGUUUUUGAUCUAGGGUUUGUGCUGGUUGCUUAAUGCUGGUAACUUUGAGAAAAGUUAAAACUUUGAAUGGAGUAAUUGCACUUGCGGCUUUCAAUGUGGUAAAAUUGAGCUCUCCUUUAGAGUAAACAUUCUCAUGUUGCUUUUUAGUGGACCUCUUCCUUUUACUUUCUUCCAAGUCUUGUUCUACACUGUAUCACAUUCCAUGAAAAAGCUGAGGGGAGUGAACUUUGGCCGAAAUGUAGCACUGUGAUCACUAUGAGUGUCCUACUUGAAGGUGGGGGAGAAAAAAAGGUUGAAUGGGUUAAACGAAGUGUGUAGCAGUUUACAUUUUCAUUUGAGUCUGUGGGAAUGGAAAGUGCUCACCAGUGUUGCAAGAUUGCAUUCUUUUAUAGCCUAAUGACCACAUGCUGUAUACCACUAACUUUCAUCUGGGGAAUACUUUUUGGGUAAAAAACUUUGCUGACCUAUCUGAAGUGGAGAAUUAAGUCAGCCAUGUCCACGUGCUUUUCAUUAUCCCUUAAUAUUCCUUUAAAAAAGUGGUUUUGUUUGAGUCUUUGUCACAUAGAAGAAUCACUUCUAUGUGAUACUAAAUCACUAUGAAGAUUAUGUGAUAGUAAAUCACUAUGAAGAAUACAAUCAAUCCCAACUGAUAUUUUUAUAUGAAAAUAUGAAGCUACCCUUUGGAGUGUUGCCUUAUUGUUGACACACUUGUCACCAAAAUAGACAUUAUUGUGAUCACCUCUGCAUUGGCAAAGGCUUGCAGAAGUUAAUUGGCCAUAGUACUGCUACUAUUUAUAAGUUAUUUGAACAUUUUUCAAAAGUGCCAAGCAGCAGUCAUUCUGGAUGCUUUUCCUUUUCUCUCUCUUUUUUUUUUUUUUAUUGUGUCAUUCAUCUUUCCUGCAUCAGGGAGAGGAAAAUAUCUAGCAUGAUGGUGCAUUUGAGCUCAAAAGCAUAUUUCUGCCUGGUUGUCUUGCUGUUCAGAAGUUGCAUAGUGUUUCUUGACUGUUUUUUUUACGUUCUGCUCUUGUGUUUUCUUUGUGCUGUGGAACAAAGCAUGUGUUGUAGCUUGUAUGUGUAGGACAAAUCUGAACUGAAUCUGAGCUGCUCCUGCAAUCGUUCUUUGCUUGCCUCUUAUGCCAUGCUCUUGUCUGCGUUCUCUGUUUCAGAAUAAUCCACCCAGUAACUUGCGCAGUUUUCAGUGCUAUUACUAUGCUGUUUUUCAGUUAUGCACUUAAGAACACACAUCAUGAGAAGUAUAUAAAGGCAUCAGCACACAGUUCUACUAGAUUUGAAUUUGUUUUUUUCAGUGUGGCUAUGUCAGGACGGUUUCUGCUCCUUCUAGCAUGAUGUAAUCACUGCCACCAGUUUAUUGGCACUUACUAACAGAGGUUAAAUCUAUUUUAGCUUUUUACUGGAGAAAAAAAAAACCUUAUUUUUGUUUUCCACUUUUCUGAAUACUUGAAGAAGUAACUUUUGUUUUGCCAAAAAGCAAGUGGUUGGUUCUUAUCAGCCUGCAAGUUUAAUUAUUUGGGUUUUUUGUCUUGUGAGGUGGUUUGCUUGGAGUUUUUGGGGUUUUUUUUGCUAUUUUGUUCCACUACAAUCUACCAAAGCAACAGAAACUGGUGUGGGAUCAUUGUAAACAUCACAAAUGUCUGUGUUAUGCAAUCUUGGGAUCUGGAUAAAUGUGGAGAAGGCUUUCUGAAGGCAGUAUUCUUAGUCUUGUUUCACAUUUGUGUAAUUGACUGGAAGCAUAACUGGAACUUAAUACAAAAUCGUGGUACCUAAUGUCACUUGUACUAGAAGAUGUAAACGACCAUAAGUCUUAUGCAAUAAUUGUACAAAUCUUGAAAAUAAAUGUAUGUAACUGGUUAAAA